AUGGAAAUUUGCUCAUCUAAACUUAAUUGGCUUAUUCAUAUAAAGAAAUUAUUCCAGAAAAAUAGCAUUCUAAACAUUUCAGAUCUAAUUAAUUAAUUAAAAGAUGAAAUAAUUAUAGAAUGCUCUAAUCCAUAAGAUGAAUUAUUCUCUUUAGAUGAAGUUAUUGAAGAAGUUUAUAAAUUUAAUAAAAAGAGAUUAACUUAUGAUGAUUUCUUUUAAAUUAUUGGUAAUCUACAUUAAUAGGAUCAUUAAUUAUCCACUUGUGUAAACUCAUUAGCUGAUUCUAUUAAUGAUUUAACUUUGAGUGACACUAAAGUGUAAUAAGCAAUCAGAGUAUCUUAUAAUGAUCCUACUAAACUAAUAAAAACAUAAUAAAGCUAUAAAGUUACAAGACUAUCAAAAAGUCCUAGAUUGAAAAUAGAGAAUUUAUAAGAAGCUCAGAAAAGAUUAUUAGCUAAAAUCACUGAUAUAGAAAAUGAAAUAGAACAUGUAUUUAUACUAUAUAUAUCUCAAAGCAGAAAUAAUAGCAUUAAUUAAAGAAACAUCAUUAAUUAUUAAUUAGAGAAUUGACCAGAUAACUUACAUAAAAUUCAGAUGAAAUUGUUUUAAAUGGAAUAACAAAUUUUACUUUAUAAGACUUUUAUCNAUUAGGUUCUCUAUCUUUCUUUGCAUUAUGCCAAUUCAUAUCAUUAUCUGAUUUCCUUUAUUUAUUAUAAUUAUCAACACAAUCAUCUAAAUAAGGAUUGUUAUUUUUUUUAUAGUCAAUUCCAUUAUUCAAUUCAGUCUUCACAAAAUAUCCUUCUGAAUCUAUAUUUUUAUUUCUUUUUUUUGAAAAAUCCUUCUAUUUCAUUUAGUCAAGCUUCCAUUACUCGUAAUUUUAGCUCACUACAUUUUGUAUAAAAGAAUUACUCUUUUUUAUUUUUUUGUUUUUUUGUUUUUUUAUAUAAAUUUAUUUCUUUUUAUACUUUUAUAGUUAAUAAUUUGAUCUUAAUUUUUUUUAUCAAAUUUGAUUUCAUUAAUUUAUUUUAGAAAAUAAUUCAUGUUUAUACUAUUCAUAUGAUAGUUAUUAAUUAAUUUUAUUUAAACUCAGAAUGGAAAUUUGCUCAUCUAAACUUAAUUGGCUUAUUCAUAUAAAGAAAUUAUUCCAGAAAAAUAGCAUUCUAAACAUUUCAGAUCUAAUUAAUUAAUUAAAAGAUGAAAUAAUUAUAGAAUGCUCUAAUCCAUAAGAUGAAUUAUUCUCUUUAGAUGAAGUUAUUGAAGAAGUUUAUAAAUUUAAUAAAAAGAGAUUAACUUAUGAUGAUUUCUUUUAAAUUAUUGGUAAUCUACAUUAAUAGGAUCAUUAAUUAUCCACUUGUGUAAACUCAUUAGCUGAUUCUAUUAAUGAUUUAACUUUGAGUGACACUAAAGUGUAAUAAGCAAUCAGAGUAUCUUAUAAUGAUCCUACUAAACUAAUAAAAACAUAAUAAAGCUAUAAAGUUACAAGACUAUCAAAAAGUCCUAGAUUGAAAAUAGAGAAUUUAUAAGAAGCUCAGAAAAGAUUAUUAGCUAAAAUCACUGAUAUAGAAAAUGAAAUAGAACAUGUAUUUAUACUAUAUAUAUCUCAAAGCAGAAAUAAUAGCAUUAAUUAAAGAAACAUCAUUAAUUAUUAAUUAGAGAAUUGACCAGAUAACUUACAUAAAAUUCAGAUGAAAUUGUUUUAAAUGGAAUAACAAAUUUUACUUUAUAAGACUUUUAUCUUGUCUUCCAUAAUAUUAAUAAAACAAUUUUCAAUAUUUCAAUAAUGACAUUCAAAGAAAGAUGCUUAGAAAUAAGAGAAGUCUCUAUGAUAUUUAAAAAUUUAUAAGCAUUAAGCAUAAAUUGUCUUUUAAUUAAAGAACUCAAAUUAGAAGAGUUAAUAGAAUUAAAAGUAUUAUCUGUAGCUGGGAAUCAAUUAAGAAAUUUAGAAGGAUUGCCUCCUAAUUUAAAUGA